AAAAAAAAAAUCACUUCCGGGAUGGAUCGGGUAGCAACAAUGGAGUUUCUGUUGUGAUAGAGAACAGUCCUACUCUGUUUUUCCUAUUUGUAGAAAUUUAUGUUUUUAACCCUUUUCUGACAAUGGAAGCCUCUUUGGUUGAAGUAAAAACAUUAAAGCUGAGUAAGAUAAGAUAGUGAGGCAUUAUAGACAAAAUGAGCCCGAACUGUUGACGGUAACAGUUAGACUAGGCUAAGCGAUAGCAUAUUGGCAAUAAACCAAUCUGUGGAAAAUUCGUGAUUCAAACACAGGAAUCAACGGUAAGUUGCGUGUUUUUACAUCCUUUGUAAGACAAAAGAGUCUGGUCUUUUAAGAGAUUAUGGACUGCCAUAGUGAGCUGUAUUAGCUGUUGGCUGUUUUGUCUCUGCACCACUGUUUUUAGCCGACAGAUACGGAUUGUUUGAAAACGUAAAUAUCCGACUGUUUCCUGUGUGACUCUGCUGCUGUCAGUAGUUAAUUAAAGUCUACAGCGGGGUGACGCAGCUCAAGGAAGAACAUUUAUGAUCAUUUCUUCAUGAUAACACAAUCAGACCAAGACGCAAAGGCAGAAGAACUACCGCAUCUGCAGUGCAAAAUGAUUACUAUGAUGAUUAUUACUUAAAGGAAUUGAUAAAGUAAUGAUCAUAAAUGUUCUUCUUUGAGCUGCGUCACCCGGCUGUAGUCCGUAAUGGACUGGCCUGAGGUCUCACUACAAACAAGCGCAAGCCGGAAGAGAGUAGGUGACUUGUGUUUAGUCUCUUUGGUAAAGAAAUCAGGCAAAGUUAAAAAGAUGUUCGGUGGCUAGGACCCUAUAUGUACUGUUGAUGAAGUUAGGUGCUGUUCUGAGUAUUAUUUGUGGCUAUAGAGUGGCGUUUUGGUUGAGGUUUGUUUAUGGCUCCUCAGACUGCUGUGUAUUUGUAAGGAUGUCUAGCCAAUGUUCACACUAUAAAAAAUGAAAGGUCCACACGAAUGAUCAUUUUACAAGCUUUACUGGUUACAGAUCUGGGUUACAGCUUCAUCAUGCCACAAGUGUAACAAAGUGUAACAAAGAUUGGUCUAAGACUGUUCAAGUAUAUAGCUGUCCACAUUUCUAAACAUACUGCUGACAUUUAGUUGACCCUAAGAAAAAUCCAUGUUCGGUAAGAACAAAGAACAAUGUAUUUUAAGGAGCUUUAGGUGAACAUAUGGAGGAUCCAUAGAAGGAAAUACCAUGACGGAACGUAUUUUGGGGACCUGUGUGAUGUUAAACAUGGGUACAAGGUAGAUGUUGAGGAUGGUUGUAAGAGGCCCAUGGCUCCUGAAAUCUAACACUGAAGUAUCUGAGGUAUUUGAGUGACACAGCUCCAACACUCUAAAGGCUGAUAUAACUGGCUAAAGAAACUCAUCCUAACAGUAUUGCUGCCGUCGUUACUAAAGUUGGUAUAACUAGAGAAGCAAGCAGUCGGCAACAUUCAUCUCUCGAGGGGGUGUCUAACUUGGUGUUACCGUGUGUUUGACCCUAAAUUAAUUUUACACCGGAAUAUCCCUUUAACAGCACAUGUUAAUCUGAAUGUUGUUGUUGUGUUCACAGGUACAAAAUAAAGGAGACUUUGUUCCACUUUCUGGACUCUUCCAAAAUGGAUAUCAGUAUUGCUGUGUCGUUGAUUCGAGGUCAGAUGGGCACUGUGGUUGAGCAGGCAGUGAAUGGAGCGGUGGAGACAGUGCUGGCUGAGAUGCUUAAAGUGGUCGGAGUGAAAUUUGAGGAGCUGAAAAGCCAAGUGGCUCACAUGAAGAGGGACAUUGCAACUUUGCAAAGAGAGAAAGCCCUAAAAGAGAAGGAGAACGAUAACAUUCGAGCCAAGCUGCGCUACACAGAGCUGAAGCUGAAGUACUACAGGCAGGGAGUGGAGGAGGAGCUGCAGCAGAGGGCGUCAGCAUCUGGCUUGGUCCGCAUCCAUCCGUCUUCUUUCCUCCCAGCACAGAGAAGCAGUGCAGGGGUCUCCUCCACAGAGACUUCAACAUCAGGCUCAGCUCAGAACAGGAUUUCUGAGGGAUCACUGACAAGAACCAACCAAGGUAGAAGCUGAGGAAGAAUAAACUUUAAUGUUGCUCAAAGGUUUCACACUUAACUGUUUUAUUAUCAUCAUUGUUAAAUCAGUAAUUUUACUGUCCCAACCAUAGACAUUUUCAUUGUUUUACACUAUUUUCCAUAAAUCAAUUGAUUUGCAAAGUAUUAAAUUCUGUUUUUAUCAACACUUUACACAUUAUCCCAACUUUUGUGAAUUGUGACUCUACAUAAUAAUGACCUUUAUCUCUAUCCACUCUAAUGAGCCCCACUUGCUUCUAUGUUUUUACUCCCAGAAUGCACCUCUCCACACAAUAAGAGAAGACGAGGCGUUAGACUGCACUGUCCUUCAGAGAUUGCCAGUUCAGACCUGUCUGACCUGCUGCCUCCUGCACCGCUCUCUGUGAACACACCAACAGAAUCAGUGGACAGCAGCACAGGUACAGAGCUGGCGGGUUCGAGGAUGAGCGAGUUUUCAAAAACAAUAAACCCUUAAAUCAUCAAACCAGACUGAUCACAUGUCUGUGUCUAUGCAGUUUUGUUCUGUCCCGGGGAGCAGGAAACCACUCAGAGUCAAGAUGAUGAUCCUGAGGAGGACUGUGAGUGGACCAUCGCUGUAGAGCCCCAGACAGAGCCUGCAGACACUGCUGUGGAUCCUCCUCAUGUUCAGACUCUGAUUGUGGACUCAGGCUCCAGCUCUCUGUCUUCAGAGGGAUCCACCCAGGCUGAUAGCUCCACACUGCCCUCCUCUGCCAUCCAGGUGAAAACACACAGACAACUUAGGCCCCAACGACACGAAUGCAGAUUCAACCCUAACAGGUUAGGGUUAGUGUUAGGGUUGGAGUUAGGGUUAGGGUUAGGGUUGGAGCUAGGGUUAGGGUUAGGGUUAGGGUUGGAGCUAGGGUUAGGGUUAGGGUUAGGGUUGGAGCUAGGGUUAGGGUUAGGGUUGGAGCUAGGGUUAGGGUUAGGGUUAGGGUUGGAGCUAGGGUUAGGGUUAGGGUUGGAGCUAGGGUAAGGGUUAGGGUCGGAGUUAGGGUUAGGGUUAGGGUUGGGGUAAGGGUUAGGUUAGGGUUAGGGUUAGGGUUGGAGUUAGGGUUAGGGUUGCAGCUUGGGUUAGGGUUAGGGUUCGAGUUAGGGGAAGGGUUAGGGUUGGAGUUAGGGUUAGGGUUAGGGUUAGGGUUGGAGCUAGGGUUAGGGUUAGGGUUAAGGUUGCAGCUAGGGUUAGGGUUAGGGUUGCAGUUAGGGUUAGGGUUAGGGUUGGAGCUAGAGUUAGGGUUACAGUUAGGGUUGGAGGUAGGGUUAGUGUUAGGAUUGGAGAUAGGGUUAGGGUUAGGGUUGGAGUUAGGGUUAGGGUUGGAGUUAGGGUUGGGGUUAGGGUUAGGUUAGGGUUAGGGUUUGAGUUAGGGUUAGGGUUAGGGUUGCAGCCAGGGUUAGGGUUAGGGUUGGAGCUAGGGUUAGGGUUAGGGUUGCAGCUAGGGUUAGGGUUAGGGUUGGAGCUAGGGUUAGGGUUAGGGUUGGAGCUAGGGUUAGGGUUAGGGUAAGGGUUGGAGCUAGGGUUAGGGUUAGGGUUAAGGUUGCAGCUAGGGUUAGGGUUAGGGUUGGAGCUAGGGUUAGGGUCAGGGUUAGGAUUGGAGUUAGGGUUAGGGUUAGGGUUGGAGUUAGGGUUAGGGUUAGGGCUAGGGUUAGGGUUAGGGUUAGGGUUAAGGUUGCAGCUAGGGUUAGGGUUAAGGUUGGAGCUAGGGUUGGAGCUAGGGUUAGGGUUAGAGUUAGGGUUAGGGUUGGAGCUUGGGUUAGGGUUACGGUUAGGGUUGGAGCUAGGGUUAGGGUUGGAGCUAGGGUUAGGGUUAGGGUUGGAGUUAGGGUUAGGGUUGGAGUUAGGGUUGGGGUUAGGGUUAGGGUUAGGGUUGGAGUUAGGGUUAGGGUUAGGGUUGCAGCUAGGGUUAGGGUUAGGGUUGGAGCUAGGGUUAGGGUUAGGGUUGCAGCUAGGGUUAGGGUUAGGGUUGGAGCUAGGGUUAGGGUUAGGGUUGGAGCUAGGGUUAGGGUUAGGGUUAGGGCUAGGGUUAGGGUUAGGGUUAAUGUUGCAGCUAGGGUUAGGGUUAGGGUUGGAGCUAUGGUUAGGGUUAGGGUUAGGGUUGGAGUUAGGGUUAGGGUUGGGGUCGGAGUUAGGGUUAGGGUUAGGGUUGCAGCUAGGGUUAGGGUUAGGGUUGGAGCUAGGGUUAAGGUUACGUUAGGGUUGGAGGUAGGGUUAGGGUUAGGGUUGGAGCUAGGGUUAGGGUUAGGGUUAGGGUUGGAGUUAGGGUUAGGGUUAGGGUUAGGGUUGGAGUUAGGGUCAGGGUUAGGGUUGGAGUUAGGGUUGGGGUUAGGGUUAGGUUAGGGUUAGGGUUAGGGUUGGAGUUUGGGUUAGGGUUAGGGUUGGAGUUAUGGUUAGGGUUAGGGUUGCAGCUAGGGUUAGGGUUAGGGUUCGAGUUAGGGGUAGGGUUAGGGUUGGAGUUAGGGUUAGGGUUAGGGUUGGAGCUAGGUUUACGGUUAGGGUUGGAGCUAGGGUUAGGGUUAGGGUUAAGGUUGCAGCUAGGGUUAGGGUUAGGGUUAGGGUUAGGGUUGGAGCUAGGGUUAGGGUUACGGUUAGGGUUGGAGCUAGGGUUAGUGUUAGGAUUGGAGAUAGGGUUAGGGUUAGGGUUAGGGUUGGAGUUAGGGUUAGGGUUAGGGUUGGAGUUAGGGUUAGGGUUGGGGUUAGGGUUAGGGUUAUGUUAGGGUUAGGGUUAGGGUUUGAGUUAGGGUUUAGUUUUAGGGUUAGGUUGCAGCUAGGGUUAGGUUUAGUUUUGGAGCUAGGGUUAGGGCUAGGGUUGCAGCUAGGGUUAGGGUUAGGGUUGGAGCUAGGGUUAGGGUUAAGGUUGGAGCUUGGGUUAGGUUUAGGGUUAGGGUUGGAGCUAGGGUUAGGGUUAAGGUUGCAGCUAGGGUUAGGGUUAGGGUUGGAGCUAGGGUUAGGGUCAGGGUUAGGAUUGGAGUUAGGGUUAGGGUUAGGGCUAGGGUUAGGGUUAGGGUUGGAGCUAGGGUUAGGGUUACGGUUAGGUUUGGAGCUAGGGUUAGGAUUAGGGUUGGAGUUAGGGUUAGGGUUGGAGUUAGGGUUGGGGUUAGGGUUAGGGUUGGAGUUAGGGUUAGGGUUAGGGAUAGGGUUGAAGUUAGGGUUAGGGUUGGAGUUAGGGUUAGGGUUAGGGUUGCAGCUAGGGUUAGGGUUAGGGUUGGAGCUAGGGUUAGGGUUGGAGUUAGGGUUAGGGUUGGAGUUAGGGUUGGGGUUAGGGUUAGGGUUAGGUUAGGGUUAGGGUUAGGGUUGGAGUUAGGGUUAGGGUUAGGGUUGCAGCCAGGGUUAGGGUUAGGGUUGGAGCUAGGGUUAGGGUUAGGGUUGGAGCUAGGGUUAGGGUUAGGGUUGCGUUAGGGUUAGGGUUAAGGUUGCAGCUAGGGUUAGGGUUAGGGUUGGAGCUAGGGUUAUGUGUGGGUAAGGGUUGGAGUUAGGGUUAGGGUUGGAGUUAGAGUUAGGGUUAGGGUUGGAGUUAGGGUCGGGUAUAGGUUAGGGUUAGGGUUGGAGUUAGGGUUAGGGUUAGGGUUGCAGCUAGGGUUAGGGUUAGGGUUAGGGUUCGAGUUAGGGGUAGGGUUAGGGUUGGAGUUAGGGUUAGGGUUAGGGUUAUGGUUGGAGCUAGGGUUAGGGUUAGGGUUAGGGUUGGAGCUAGGGUUAGGGUUAGGGUUAAGGUUGCAGCUAGGGUAAGGGUUAGGGUUGGAGUUAUGGUUAGGGUUAGGGUUGGAGCUUGGGUUGGGUUUAGGGUUAGGGUUGGAGCUAGGGUUAGGGUUAGGGAUGGAGAUAGGGUUAGGGUUAGGGUUGGAGUUAGGGUUAGGGUUGCAGCUAGGGUUAGGGUUAGGGUUGGAGCUAGGGUUAGGGUUACGGUUAGUGUUGGAGGUAGGGUUAGGGUUAGGGUUGGAGCUAGGGUUAGGGUUAGGGUUAGGGUUGGAGUUAGGGUUAGGGUUAGGGUUGGAGUUAGGGUUGGGGUUAGGGUUAGGGUAAGGUUAGGGUUAGGGUUAGGGUUGGAGUUAGGGUUAGGGUUAGGGUUGGAGUUAGGGUUAGGGUUAGGGUUAGGGUUGCAGCUAGGGUUAGGGUUAGGGUUAGGGUUCGAGUUAGGGUUAGGGUUGGAGCUAGGGUUAGGGUUGGAGCUAGGGUUAGGGUUAUGGUCAGGGUUGGAGCUAGGGUUAGGGUUAGGGUUGGAGAUAGGGUUAGAGUUAGGGUUAGGGUUAGGGUUAGGGUUGGAGUUAGGGUUAGGGUUAGGUUAGGGUUAGGGUUUGAGUUAGGGUUAGGGUUAGGGUUAGGGUUGCAGCUAGGGUUAGGGUUAGGGUUGGAGCUAGGGUUAGGGUUAGGGUUGGAGCUAGGGUUAGGGUUAGGGUUGGAGCUAGGGUUAGGGUUAGGGUUGGAGCUAGGGUUAGGGUUAAGGUUGCAGCUAGGGUUAGGGUUAGGGUUGGAGCUAGGGUUAGGGUUAGGAUUGGAGUUAGGGUUAGGGUUAGGGUGUGAGUUAGGGUUAGGGUUAGGGCUAGGGUUAGGGUUAGGGUUGGAGCUAGGGUUAGGGUUACGGUUAGGGUUGGAGCUAGGGUUAGGGUUAGGGUUGGAGUUAGGGUUAGGGUUAGGGUUGGAGUUAGGGUUAGGGUUAGGGUUGGAGUUAAGGUUGGGGUUAGAGUUACAGUUAGGUUGGGGUUAGGGUUGGAGUUAGGGUUAGGGUUAGGGUUGGAGUUAGGGUUAGGGUUAGGGUUGGAGUUAGGGUUAGGGUUAGGGUUGCAGCUAGGGUUAGGGUUAGGGUUAGGGUUAGGGUUGGAGUUAGGGUUAGGGUUAGGGUUGCAGCUAGGGUUAGGGUUAGGGUUAGGGUUCGAGUUAGGGGUAGGGUUUGCGUUAGGGUUGGAGCUAGGGUUAGGGUUAGGGUUGGAGCUAGGGUUAGGGUUAGGGUGACAGCUAGGGUUAGGGUUAGGGUUAGGCUCCCUAACGCUUGUUCCUGAAUUUUUUUAAGCAGCACCAGAUAGAAUUGAGUUCGAAGGCUACGUGUGGACGCAGAUAAUUUUGAGAAUGAACACAUGUGGACAGAUACAUUUAUUUAGACGGGAGUACAAAAAUAUCCUGAUAAAUAAAUAUCUAUAUAUGUGUAGUCUGGGCCUUAGUGUAUCUAGAGACAGUAGUAAAAGGCUGCUCUCUGUUCAAAGUGGGCUAUGUACUGCCACAACAUGGAUUUUACUACAAUGUCAGUUUAAGUAGGCAUUUUUUAGUUUUCAUCCAGGCAGUAGAAGCCACAAAUACUGCUGUGGCUGAGGAUUCAUGACUAUUUGACUUCUUCAAGUUUGAGUCUUAAUAUAUUUGUUUAAUUGUCAUUAUAGAAAAUGCAUGCUUUUCAGUGUAAUGUUGUGAAAGACAUUAACAAAUGUGAUGUAAAUGCAGGUGAAGCAGGAACCCCAGCAACAGCAGCAGCAGGAGGUGAUCUGUAUCAAAGAGGAGCCGGAGGAGGAGCAGGUGACGGGUGCUCUGCUGAUGGACUGUCAGGUGCAGCAGAGUCAUCCCUCAGAGACAGAGGUAAAGCUUGAUUAAAUAUGAAAUACAAGCAAACGGCUUAAGAAGAAAGAAACAGUCAAAUCAAGACCUUAUCACCGGGGGGGUUUGUGCUGAUUAUUUCAGUUUUGAUGUUAUCCCUGGUUAAUUCUGGUCCAGUCUGACCAGGUAUAAGAUGAUAGUACAGGUGUGUUAAAAAAGCCAAAAGAAGACAGAAAAUCUAACUGCAAUGAUAAUAGCUCGCUCUGUAAUAAAGUAAUUUAACAUGGACUGUCAAUGGUAAUCUUUCAGAGAUCAAUAACACUUGUUUUUUCACUUCAGGCUCAAAGCUGUAUGGCAGAGUGGUCAGAACUUCAAGACAACCAGAGAAUUCACUCAGCAGCUUUCACAGCGGCGACAAACAGCUGUGAGUAGAACCGUCGAGGAAAAUCAUGAUUGAAGAUUUUUUUUCUGGCUUUGAAAAGUUCAGAGCUAAGAUAAGUUUAUAGAUUAAUUAUAUAAAAACUCUUCACAGUUAUCUCAAAACCUCUCUGUACUCAGAUCUGAUGUCUCAGGCAGCAGCCUCCCUGCCUUUGAUGGGAACCUUACAGCCCACCAAUCCUCCUCAUCAGGUGGAACAUCCCUGGACUAAUGACCUCAGCCUCUAUGAAGAAUACAAGCUGCGCAGGAACGAACUGCGACGGAUGAACCUGAGCAGACGCAGAGAGCUGGAGAAGAUGCUGCCUCAGCCUCUGCUGGCUGAUCUAGUGAGUAAACACAAACAUCUCUUCAGGUUGUCAAGUUUGGAGGACUGUUCUCUUGAACAAGGGCUGGUUUUAUUUGUCUGUAUGAAUCAUACCGGAUCGUUUUGUUGUGUUGAAGGUGCGAGAGCGCAGAGAGAAGACCAGACUGAGGGUGGCCAGAUGGAGGGCAAAAAGGAAACUGCAGGCGGGUCUGAACCAGAUCCAGGUGAAGCAUUUACAUUUACCCAAGAUCCAGGGAUCAAGAUUUGAAUCGUCUCUCCUCUCAGACCUCACUGUCAGACACAAGAGCUGUAACUCUUGCUUCAUUCUCUCUUCAGGCUGAAGGUGGCACUACAGGUUUUUCUUCAAACGGCUUUCCCAUCAGCAGUCAGCAGCCGCAGCUCAGAGGACCAUGUGGUAAGAAGGAUACUCACCUAGUACCUGAAUCUGCUUUUGUUUCAGUUGUCUCUUUCCUGUGUCACUUUAUAUACAGCAUGCCACUAACUAGCAGUUUUGUCUCAAGUAAAAAAAAGUGAUAAACUAAAAAUCUAGAAACAGAAGAAGGACUUUUAAGUAAAACUAUAUUCUGUCAGCAAAGAGAUGCUAAGUGCUCACUUUCUUUCACCUUUUCAUUCCAGCUGCCUCCUCCAGCAGUCAGCAGAGACAGAGCUCACCGCUGCCCCAGCCUGGCAGCUUCCUCAACAACAGCAUCUCCAACACUCUGCCCUUCAUACCCUCCUCUUCCUCCUCCAGCAUGGCUCUUCAUCAGCACACUGUCACAUCAUCCUCCCCCACCUCCUCUUACACACAGGCCAGCCUAUCACAGCACGGUGUCUCUCUGCCAGACUCAGAUAUCAUUCAGUGCCGUAUUUAAAGGCAGAUUAUAGAAUUAUUAUGUUGGGUGUGUGUUCAUCAGGUGUUAGCGCUCACCUGUAGAAUAUUAUAAUAUUAUAUUGACGGCGUUAGUCAAACAGUUGGUCUAAUUUAUACACAGUUUGAUAAGCAAACACGACACUUAGAUGACAGCACAACAAAAGAAGAGCUUGCAUGCUUAAAUUCACGUCUUUAUUGAGCAGAGAUAAACUUAAAUACACCUCAUGAAAAAAAGUUACUGAGCCUUUUUUAGCUUAAGUGUACAAUAGCUACUUUUAACAACACCCAGGAUAAGUAGAAAAAAUCUAAUGUAAUAUCAACGGUCAAAAUAUCAGAAUAAUUCAUUUUGUUUUAAUCUGUUUGUUAUAGUCUGUGUUCUGUUAGUGCAGUCAUUAAUAAGCUAUCAAACAAGGUAUGUCUCAGUAUUUAUGAGUCUGUACAUUUUCACUGUUUAUGUAUUUAUAAGCCAGUCAGAUGGUGUUAUUUAAACUCUGUGCCACAGUGGAUAACUACUCAUGCUAUUUUUUCAGUGUGAAUAUAUGUGUCUUUAAAGUAAAUGACUAAAAGGGUUUAAGUGUUGGUGACUGUAAUUUGAGCAUUUUCCUAUGAUGUUGAAAUGUGUAUAAAGUGCACUCCUCUACCCGGCCUGAUAAUGACACAAAGACAGUACCUGACAAGUAUUUCUCAUGUUCAUUAAACUGUGUAAUGGAUACUGACUAUUUA